AGUAGCCAUUAAAAUGCUAUUUCCCAAUUGAAAUUUAUGUCAAAUUUUUCCCAUUUAUUAGAGAAGCUAAUUAUAUUCACUACAAAGUAAGUGUGUUACUUAUGGCACAUUUUAUGCAAGUUGUAAAGGAAUAAGAUUUUAACAAUAAUACGUAAGACCACUUUGAUAAAAUUCCCAUUUGGGAUUUAGCGGCCCUUAUUUUACAUUUCUGGAUUACACCCUGCAAUGUUUACAAACAGUGUGCACACAACCUGACAGGCAAAAAAAGUACCACAAAGGAAAUAAACUGAAAAUGAAUUCUUUUAAUUCUGUAAAAAAUUGAUUGUUACAAGUAAAUCCUGUCUGAUAACUUUUUGACCAACUGUUUUCUUUUUACUUUUUAGGAAGGUUAUAUUUUUACCAGAUCCUUAAAUAAAUGGCUUCGAUUGAUGACUUAAAGGGUGUUUUGAAAGAAACUUUAGACAGCAGAGGUGUGCUGAAUCAGAUACGAGCUCGUAUUCGCGCCGAAGUGUUUAGUGCAUUAGAUGAUCAAACCGAGACGAAACCUGUCCUAUCUAAUGAGAAUAUGUUUAUCAAUGAAUUAAUAAGAGAAUACUUAGAAUUUAAUAAGUAUAAAUAUACAACAUCUGUUUUGUUAUCAGAAUCUGGUCAACCGAAGGAACCAAUUGAUAGAGAAUUUCUAGCAGCUGAACUUAAUCUUACAGAAAGUAGUUCAUCACAAAAAUUUCCUAUUCUGUAUGGACUGGUUUCCCAUUUCUUGGAACACAAAAAUAAAUCUAACGAAACGCGCAGACAACAUUCUCCAAAACAGAACAAAUCAAAAGUAUCGAGAAGUUUGAGUAUGUCAGAUGAAUCAGUCGCAGAUAGUCCACCAUCCACCAGAGGUGUCAUCUACCAUGCACGGAAAUAAUAUUUAGACAUCUGUUUUACCAUAUUUUCUUCACUUAAUGGCCAGUCUAAAACUGGAUCCCUUGACUAAAUCCCUGAACUUUGAAAUUGCUUGAACUUGAACAUUUCUCUGCUGCAAAAAAACCAACUGACAAUUACUAAAACUUUUUUGGGGGAAAUAUGGAAUUGUAGUUUUUAGUUGUAUCAUGGUUAUAAAUUAUAAAUAUUUUUUGUUAUUAUUGUAACAAUUGUUCAAAUAAAUUACUAGGAUUUUUUGUUAUUUUAUGUUUGUAUUUUGCAAACUAUAAAUGUAUACUUUUAAUUUAUUUCUAUAUAC